UACUGCUGCAAUACAAUAACAAUUUGUACAACCUGAACUAUAAUAUGGAGGAUCCGGAGCGGCGCAAGAGACGCGAACGUGAAAAAUAUGAACGUCAACAGGGCAUACAGAGCGAUGAUCGCGAGACUAGUCUAUUUGGUGAGCCGCGUCGCGUCAAUCCCAGCGAUGGGGAUGCGCAAAUAGCCGCGGCGCUGGGAGAUUUUACACAUGCCCGCGACUAUAUGAAUGCCAGCACUGUGGGCAUUUCUAGGCAGGCGCCGCUCAAGGGUGCUGCCGUCUCCGCCUCAGCAGCCACAACCAAUGCCUCGUUGCUGCCCACGUCACAGCAGCAGCAACACUAUCAGCAACAGCAACGAGCGCCCACCUAUCUGAAGCAUGCGGACAAUAAGCCGCCGUACAAUGGACGCGGCGGCUAUCCGGGCCAGCCCAUGAAGAACGACAUACCCUCGAGUAGCGGCAUGGCGCCACCACGCGGCCCGCCCAGAGCCAACUCCGUUGCCAGCAACAGCAACAGCAACAGCAACUCGUCCAGCGCCACAAACAAUGCCAAUGCGGCAGCAACAGCCUCACCGCUCGGCCCGCCCAUGUCCACGCAGAUGCCCAACGGACGCGAAAAGUCCUUUCUAGGUCCUCCAGCGCCAGCGCUGCCCAAUGGCGGACGCUUUGUGCCGCCAGCGCUGAGCAGCAAACGCUCAUCAGCGCAUCAGCCGACGCCGCCAGAGAAGGACAUCAACAAAAUCAUCACCGAAAUGACCAACAACUAUUGUGUGACGCCGCUGACGCUGAUUGCGGCCACGCCGCAUGCGCCCAUGCGGGAGAACUACAACCUGAACGGGCCCAAUAAGUUUAAGUACGCAUUUGACGCUGUCGAUCCCAUUGGACCACUCAACUCACCGCCUGCCGCUAGCAGCGGCAUUGGUGGCGCUUCCUCCUCGCUCAUCACACCGCUGCCUACGCCCAUUGCACCAAUUGGUUCGCCCAUAGCGCCGCUGUUGACGACGCCGCCGCAGGCUAGCCAACUGCCAUUGCCACUGCCCGCGGGCCCGGCGGCAAUCAUAGCAAACACACAAGUGCCGCAAUCAUUGAUUACAGCGGCGCCAACGCCGCCAAAGGCAUCGCCGCAUGCCACGCCGCCAGUGAUCAAACCGCUCAAAUCGGAGAAGAAUCACUCGCUGGAGAAGCAGGACUCGUGCCUUGAAAACGAUCUGGAGCUUUCCGAAUCGGAUGAUGAACGCAAGAAGGACGGCCGCUCAGCCGGCAACAGCAGCAACAGCUCCGAAUCGGACUCUAGCGAAUCGGGCAGCGAGUCCAGCAGCAAAGGCGAUCUGCAUCAGCAACAACAGCAGCAGCAGCAACUGCUACUGCAACAACAACAGCAACAGCUAAUGCUGCAACAACAGCAGCAACAACAACAACAGCAGCAGCAGCAGCAACAACAACAGCAGCAGCAACGCAAGCUGUCCUCCAGCUCCAAUGGCAGCAAGAAGAAAUACAGCCAGACGAUAAUUGCCAGUGGCAGCAACACAAUCAGCGGCAUGCUCAAUUCAGUGGGCGGCAGUGCGAGCGCCAAUGGUGUUGUCGGCAGCAGCAACAGCGCUGUUGGCGGCGGCAACGGCGGUGGAUCCAGUAGCAGCCAUGCCGGCACCAUGAGCAGCUCCAGCUCUUCCAAUAAGACUCCCUCGCCCACGGACAGCAAUCGCUGGAAUCUGAGUCGCUUCUUCCACAAGCCAACCAACCAGACGACAGCGGAGAGCGUCUCGCCAGGCGUGGGCGUGGGUAAUGUGAGCAUGAAAGUGCCCGGCAUUUUGCCAGGCGGUGCGCAGAUCAUACCCGAGUCCAUGGAGGUCACCACGGCCAUUGUGAAGAACGAAAAGCUGCUGCACGACGAGGCGCGUCACUUAAGCAAUGCGGAUGACGACGAUGUCGGAAGCGAACAGCAGCAGCAGCAGCAGCAACGCUAUGGCGUCGGUCUAAGCGUCACUGUUAAGAAGGAGCAGCUGGAGCAGGAGCAGCUCGCGCUGGCUGGAGCAUUGCCAAAGAACCAAAUAAAGCGCGAGGCGCGUCUUUCGGAAUCGCCCAGCAUCAGCGGCAGUAGCAGCUCCGACAGCACCGGCGGCAGCAGCGAAGUGAUGCCGCUGCCCGGCUUGGGUGAAACACUGCAGAUACCUGGAGUGCCGGCGGCUAUCACAACGGUGCUGCGCGUGCCUUCGACAGCGCAGCAUAAAGCGCCGCCCAACAGCGUCACACUGACGCCCAUUGGACCGCUGCCCGCGUCGCCGAAGCAGCGACAGAAGAAGCCGCGCAAAAAGAAAAUGUCAGCGGCCACGGCGCCACCUUUGGACUCCAGCGAUGAGGAUGAGCCUGCCAGCAGUCACAAGAAGCACGCCUUAGAGCUGGCGGCAGCAACCGCCGCAGCUGCAGCGCAGCCAUCGCUGCCUGCGGUCAAAAAGGGACGCGGACGGCCGCGCAAGCAGACGCAGCAGCAGCAGCAAAAGCAGAGCGGCAAUCUGAGCAGCGCCAGCGCAAGCAGCACGCACGCCAAGGGACCAACGCUGACGGCAGCCAAGAAGCCGCUCAAUAAAGCGCUCACAGCAGCAACUGUUGCCGUCAGUCGCAAGCGUGAUCACAGCAGCAACAGCAGCUCCAACAGCAACACGCCCACCAAAAAGCCAAAUAAUAUGCCAACAGCAGCGGCGCUCAAGUGCUCUGCGUCUUCGUUGGCAGCAGCAGCAGCAGCAUCAGUUGCGCCUGCAGUUGCUGCCAGCAGCUCGGAUGAUGAUGAGGAUAGCAGCAGCAGCAGUUGCAGCAGCAGCAAGACUAGCAAUAGCGGCAGCAGCAGCAGCAGUGAUAGUGAAUCAACGCCAGCAGUUGCUUCCAACCCAAACACCACAGCAGCAGCAACAGUUGCUGCUGUGCCGAAUGCAGCGCAAAAUCGACGCAUUGUUAAAAUCAAUAAACUGGGUGCGCAGGUGAAGUCGAAGCGACGCUACAGCAACAGCAGCAAUAGCAGCAGCAGCGAAACCGAGCAGCAGCAACAACAACAGCAGCAGCAGCAUACGAUACAGCAAACAGCAACAGCAGCGCCGCAGCAGCAACAGCAGCGCAGCAGUCAACGUCUGAGUAGUUCAGACUGCAGCAGCUCUGCCAGCAGCGGCAGCAGCAGCAACAGUGGCGGCAGCAUGGCCAGCAGCGCAAGCAGCGGCAGCAGCAGCGACGAGGAUAUACCCACAACGGAUGCGCAUCGCAGCGGCAAACGGAAGAGCGAUAAGAAAAAGAUUUGCACGCUGACGCGCAUAUUCAAUCCCAAAGAGGGUGGUGCCAAAAAACAGGGUCAAGUGCUCAUCAUGGAGCAAUCGCAGGAGCAGCUGCAGCAACAACAGCAGCAGCAGCAGCAGCAACAACAACAAGCCAAAGAGCUGCCACGUGCGCCGCGUGCCACGCCCACAGAACUGCUGGGCGCCAAUUUAACGUCGCCAGCACGCACCACAACGCCGCAGCUAACGUCGCUCAUCUGCAAGAUCGACCUCAGCAAACUGUCGCGUAUUCCCGAAGAAUGGUACACGCGUCAGGAGCAGCGACUGAAGGCGCAGCAGCAGAAUGGCCACCUGAGCAGUCGCUCAACCGAGGGAGCACGCACGCCCAAGGAUCUGAAUGCCUAUACGCCCAAUGGCUAUGUGCAGUCAAAUUCGAACAGUGGCAAACUGCUGGGCGGCGUUAAGCAUGAGCUGGGCGUCAAACCCGAGCCGGAGCUGGACGCCGGCUAUGAGGCGAAGUAUAAGCCAAACAACGUUAAGCAAGAGCUUCUGCUCAAGCAGGAGCUGCCGCCGGCGCGUCGACGCAAACGCAGCUCCAGCUCCAGCUCGAGUCCCUACAAGGAGAAGAAGCGGAAAAAGGAGAAAGCCGAACAGCUUAGCAAGGAAAUGUUGCCCGUGCCUGUGCUGCUGCCUGCCAACAAUCAUGAGCGAAUAUCACGCGACAAGCUGGAGCUGCUGCAGCAGGAACAUGCUGCCAAUGGCAGUCCCACUAAGCAAUCACAACACCAGCAGCAGCAUCAACUGCAUAGUCGCUCCGCGCAAACUGCCAAUGCCACGACAACAGUUGCUGCUGUGCAAACAACCCCAACUGUUGUAACUGCAACAGCAGCAGCAACCGUGAUGCCAACAGCAGCAGCAGCAAUAGUUCAUAUGCCCACCACCUGCAGCGAAGCCGUGCAAACGACGCCGCCGCAAGGAUUAGCGGCGGCAACUACAACAAUGUUGCGCCCCAUUUAUCGCUCCUACUUUGACAACGAAGAGGAGCACACCAGCGAUGAUCUCAGAAAAAGCGAUCAGCUGCUCCAGGAGGCUAUACGGCGAAAGCGUGCCGCUGACUUGGAACGUGACUCCUUCAAUCAGAUGACGCUUUACUUGGAGGCAAUUAUUUACUUUCUGCUCACUGCCGAUGCCAUGGAGCGCUGCAAUAUGGAGGCCACCUGGACCUUGUACAAGGACACGCUGACGCUUAUUAAAUACAUUUCAUCGAAAAAUCGACCGUAUCAGCAGCAAACGAAUGGAAAGCAUGAAUCACACAAUAUUGUUGCCAUACUAAGCCUGCGUUGUCAAUCGUUAAUAUCCUUAAAGCUUUACAAACUGCGUCGUGCGAAUUGUCGCGCCAUUAUUGCUAGCUGCUCCGAUUUCUUUCGCACUAAUAGAGGGGAUCUACCUAAUGGCAAUACGCCGUCCUCCAUAUCACCAUCGAACUCAGUGGGCUCACAGGGCUCCGGUUCGAAUACGCCGCCUGGCAGAAUAGUGCCUCAAGAUAUACACAAUCAGCUGUGCAAACAGAAUGAGUAUCUCGCCUAUGUUAACAGUGCACAUGAGCUGUGGGACCAAGCCGACAGAUUGGUGCGCACUGGCAAUCAUAUAGACUUUAUACGCAAACUGGAUCAUGAGAAUGGGCCACUGACACUGCAUAGCAGCAUGCAUGAGGUAUUUCGUUAUGUAGAGGCAGGCCUUAAGACGCUACGCGACUCUGUCUCAUAUCCACAAGCGCUGUCGCAAUCGCAGUUACAGUCACAGUCGCAGUAGCGAUAACUUUAACCGCAGCAACUGCCACUGCAAUCACAUUAUCAUCACCACAACCACCACCAAACGUGUCUAAAUGGAAAGUCAGGCCAAAUUAGCAACUAUUAUUAUUAUUAUUAUUAUUACAAUUAUUAUGAUUAUUAUUAUUACAAUUAUUAUGAUUAUUAUUAUUAUUAUGUACUAGCUGAAAAUUUAGUUAGUAUACCUUCCAAGAACAGCAACAACAACAGUAGCAACAUCCACACAUGUUUGUUAUUA